AUGCUUCCAUGACUAUCAUUUCUGAUGAACAUCGGGUAUUCUGUUAACCUAUCAUUUAUGCAUGUUUAUGUUGAUACUUUAUCUGUUAACCUAUUUGUGUGUUUGUGUAUAGGGAAUCUUGAAUGAUGUGCACAAAGUCCUACCUCGUGCAGAACAUCGCCACUGUGCCAGGCAUAUCUAUGCUAAUUGGAACAAGAACCACAAAGGGGAUGAAUUGAAGAUGGCUUUUUGGAAGGUGGUCAGGGCAUACAACCAGGCAGAUUAUGAAGAUGCAAUUGGUGAGAUGGAGAGCCUGAGCCCUACUGCCACUGCAGCUUUGAAAGCCUAUGACAAAACCAAGUCUGUAGAGCUUUUAUUCAAACCAAGACAAAGUGUGAGGUCAUUGUAAACAACAUGGCAGAGACCUUUAAUGGAUACAUAAUCAAUGCUAGAACAAAGCAUCUAAUUUUCAUGAUGGAAGAUUUUAGGAGUGCCCUAAUGCAAAGGAUAGUCUUGAAAAGGCAACAAAUGCAACUGAGCCAUCAAAGUAUAUGUCCUAGGAUCCAGGCCAAGUUAGAAAAAGAGAAGGAUGAAGCAGUCAACUGUGCAGCAGUGCCUUCUAGUACGAUGGUUUUCCAAGUUACUCAUAGAAUGGACAAUGUGAUGGUUUAUCUAGCCUCACACACAUGCACUUGUAGAAAAUGGGACUUGACUGGAAUCCCAUGCUGCCAUGUUGUGUCUUGUAUCUUCUUUCUGCACCAGGCCCCUGAAGAUUAUGUGCAUGAGUGUUACAAGAAGGACACGUACAUGAAAAUCUAUAGUGGUUGUAUCCCCUCAUGCCCUGGUGAAAGGCAUUGGCCUAGAAUAGAAGCUCCUUUGGACCCUCCUCCAAUAAAAAUAGGACCGGGAAGACCCAGAAAGAAUAGGAUUAAAGAUCCCCAUGAAGACCCAAAAAGACCUGGAAAGUUAAGCAAGCACGAUAUGGAAAUGACUUGUAGUAUUUGUAAGUCUAAACAACACAACAAAAGAAAGUGUCCUGAUAAAGACAAAGCCACACCUUCAAAUGUUGAAAAUCUGCCUAAGAAAUCAAGGGGGAGACCUAGGAAGGCUGUUCUCCGUACUAGUCAACCUGUAAGAGGAGGUGAAAUUGGGAAUGUCACUGCACAGCCAACUCAAACUGGACGAGGUGGAAGAAUCAUGAUGAGAGGCAGAGGGAGAGGAAAAGGAAGAGGGAGAGGAAGACAAGUACCUGAGGGAUUUGGUGUGUUCAUUGAUGAUCAAGGCAACUCAUUUGUUAAUGGGCAGCAUAUCCUCCUUCAAGCAAUGUCACUGCAUGAGUAGCCAAUUUGUUGUUCAGGAUGGUGUUUGAUGUACUAUGCUUCAGUAGGAUGAUGUUUGAUGUACUAUGCUUCAGAAGGAUGAUGUUUGAUGUACUAUGCUUCAGCUGGAUUCUAUAUUCCACUUAGAUUUAGAUUAUAGUUGGAUUCUAUAAUGAUUAUAAUGGUA